AUGACCGACCGGGGCAAGCCGGCGACGACUCAUUGCUACCUGCCAUCAUCGUCUCUUUCAACAGUGUCUGAAGGCACAGCAUCGAACAAUGUCCGGCCGCGGAACCGUCGCGUUGAGUCAGCAGGCGAGGCGCAAACACACCCAACCACAGCUAGAACAACGAGAAGCACCGGGGUUUCAUACCCUUCAGCCCCGUCUGAUCAUAGAAGGGAAAACGACCCUUUGGCAGCAGAAGCUUCAAGGGCAGACUCCCUUCCAAGCCACGGCUCGGCCGGAGGAGAGCUUGUUCAAUUUCUUGGUGACUCUUGGACUCAGAGCUGGACCUCAGUUCAAGCAUUCGCUUCGACAAUAAUUUCGGGUGGUGAUGCUUUUCCAAAGGGAACGAGAUCACCACAACUUCCACCACGCCCUCGCCGAAAUUCUCGACCAGAUACAUGGGGACCAUCACCGCCUCCACCAAUACGGGCUUUUGAUGAUGUGGGAGUGGGGUCCUUGGCUCAAAGGCGGGAUGCUCUGAGAGCGGCCAAAACUGCAAGUGUAUUGGAAAGCCACGAGGGGGUGAAUGGUGGUCUUGACAUCACGGGGAGACACAAGCGACGGACCUCUGAUGAGAUGGCUCACAUUGACGGAGAACCUGAAGAACACCUGGCUUAUCUCCACAACGUCGAUCCGACAGACACGUAUGCGGGCAUAAUACUUCGAUACAAAUGUCGGGAAGACGUUUUUCGGAAAUCUAAUGGUCUUUGGUCUCGAGAUAGCGUCCAGACUCGCAAAUGGCUUAUAAUACCUGUGGAUGUUUGCGAAAUAAAGGGUUGUCCUUGCGAUCCACCGUCGUGGCCCAACACAUCUGAGACGGAUCUCCUAGCGCCAACACCGUUGGCAACAGAGGAACCAAUUUCUACCAGUAAAGGAACCCAAAAUGACUUCUUCAGGCCGUCGGCUGGCCCUCCUAGCCCAAAUGUGAAGCAGGGCCAAGCAGACGAUUUGCCUUGGUCACAUGUCCGCUGGGUACAGCUCGACUCUUUCAGACAACCAGUACAAAUUGUACGUGUGUCACGACAGGCCCUGGGGUACUUCCCACCACGACGGAAAAAGAGUAUCAGGACUGCAUCACCUCUGUCCACACCAAGACAGAGUUCAGAUUUGUCUAGCCUCGCUCCGAAUUCCACCGAACGCCCCCACACCCGCCGAUUGAGCUCGCUCAGCAGCCUCCCUCAAAUUCCUGGCACUCCGAUAUCCUCGACAAGUCGAGCAGGGAGCGAGGCAGCCGACAAUCGGCCGGCUUGGAUGCGGCGGCCCGGUGGUGUGGGUUCUAUGAGCAGAACUGUGAGAGCACCCGGACCGGAUAAAGACUAUUUGAAUUCCUGGACCAGGAAACAUAUUCCGGGCCUCAACAUCGAAAACCUGCCAUCAAUGUCUGUGAUGGGGUCAGAUACCGCACGGUUUGGAUUCGGGCAAGGCACAACUGGUAUUGCAGAGAGCCCGUUUGAACUUGGACGAGAUGCGUCUUCCGUCUCUCGGCAAGGCACUGGUUUAGACCGGGCAGCGGCAGCGGUUGAGCACUGGUUACGAGGAGCCUUGGCUAAGCGACCCAGCACACCAUUGCUUCGAGGCCGGCCAAGACCACCAGGGAUGUCGGCGGACCCAGACGCGACUGAUUUAAUCGAGUUGGCAGAUACAGCAAGUGAGGACGGGAAGACGUCACAUGACAUGGACGCGCGAAUGCAGGGCUGGAUGUACUCUGGCCGAAUCGAUGGUGGUUCAAGUCUGAAAAGCCGAGCUAAAUUCAAUUUUGAAGGUGCUGGCGCUCAUGGGAAGGACGAUUGA